AUGUAAUAAAAGCAAAAUUAAGCCAAAAUAAGGAAUGCCUUGCAAUAGUAGCUAUUUCCGAAGAUGCAGAAGAAAAUAGAGCAACCGAAAACAUAGCCUAAAAGAGCCAUAAGGAUAGAAGAUGAAAACAAACUAUCAAUAGCAUUACCACAUAUUGAGACUAUUGCCGUCAACUUCAAUUCCAAGUAUCAGCUAGGCAAUAUGAUUGGAGAAGGUGCACAUGGAUUAGUGAGAAAAGCCAUCAAAGUCGAGACUGGAGAAUAGGUAGCAGUCAAAAUUUCCAGGAGUGGAGAUCCUGAGCUUAUCAAAACUUUUACUGAAGCAUAUAAAAAUACGAGAAUACUAGAUCAUGAGUUCAUAAUAAAAGUCUACGAAUGUUACAUAGAUGAACAAUCAGAAACUUUAUAUUUGGUAAUGGAGUACUCAAAUUUACGCAGCUUGGAGGAUGUAAUUAAAAAACACAAGAGAUUAACGGAAGAAUAGGCCAAGAUUUUGAUUAGACAUAUCCUAUUGGCCCUUCAGCAUAUUCACGAAAGAGGAAUAGCUCAUAGGGACCUGAAACCUGAUAAUGUAUUGAUCAACAAAAAGUCUCUUGACAUCAAAAUCAUAGACUUUGGAGUCAGUAGAAGAUUCAAGAAAUACAAUGGCGGAGAAUUUGUCGACGUGAACAUGUGGACUAGAACUGGAAAUGUUUAUUACACAGCUCCAGAGAUCUUGACUGGAGGAGGCUAUGAUGAAAGAGUGGAUCUCUGGUCCCUAGGAGUCUGUCUAUUUCGUAUCUUGAGUGGCCAGUUCCCUUUCUUUGAAGAUAGUGUAUUGGGAACUAUCGAGAAAAUAUUAAAAGGCAAUUUUGAACUUAAUGAGGAUAUUUCCUGGCUUGCUCGUGAUUUAAUUAAGCGACUCCUUGAUCCCAAUCCAGCUCAAAGAUUAUCAGCGUAAUUGGCUCUACAGCAUCCCUGGCUCUAUCAUUACUAGAUUGAUCCGAUAUCACCUAACAGCACCGAACUCAUAAGCAAAGCCAAUUGCAGGGCUAGUGAUGAUAUUUGUGACAUCUCUUAAGGUGGAGACAAGAAUGCAUAUUACGGUAGGAACCUUCAUAUGAGAAGCAACACUAUGACCAAGAGUCCAGUCUUGUAGGAACCAAAUAUUAACACAGAUACAAAUUCAAAAUCUCCCCUUAAUUUAUUAAAACAAGAAAUCGACGAAGAUAUUCAAUAGUCUCCUUUAAUUAAACUGAAAAAAAUACAAAAUCAAAUGAAUAAAGAAAUCAAUAUCAUAAGAAAGAAAGAGUCUAAUGGACAAGGCUUACUUAGAAUUAGGCAGAUAUUGCAAAUGGAAAAAUUAGACAUCAUACAUGAAAUUUAAUGA